ACCAAUUGUUAGUACUCUGAAAUUCUGGGGAAUUUUUUUUGUCUCUUGAUAAUUCUCAGCUGGAGUAAGUAGUGCUGAAAGAUGAAGGUUCACGAGACGAGGUCACAAUCUCAUGCACACGAAGAGGACAAAGUGAUGACGAGGAAGCAGAAGGCAGAGAGCAAAGGUCAGGAAGGAGGACAUUCUCCGAAGAAGCCGAAAUCCGAAAACGACAAUGGCCAACAGAAUGGGAAACCUGCUCAUGAGGAUAUAACUGCCGAGUAUGAAGACUUCUGUAAAGCAAUCAGAGAGCACCUCUCUCUUGAUCAAAUGCGCCAAAUUUUGGAGGCCAACGGCCUUGACUCCUCUGGCUCUGAGGGCUCUGUUAUGCGCAAAUGCCAAGACUUGCUCUUCUAUGGGCUACUGGACAAAUGCCAGGUUUGUGGCGGGACUUUAGAGUACAAUGGCAUACGCUACUCUUGUACCGGAUCGUACAGUGAGUGGUCGUCUUGCACCGUCAGCACAAGAGAUCCGCCGAGGAAAGAAGAACCCAUCAAAUUACCAGAUUCUGUGCUAAACACGCCUAUUUCAGAUCUCUUGAACAAAUAUCAAGACCCGAGUCGCCGGCCUCACAAGAACUUGGAGAUCACUGAUAAACCUUUCAAAGGAAUGGUUAUUUCUCUUAUGGGCCGUCUCUCUAGAACCCAUCAAUACUGGAAAAAAGAGAUUGAGAAACAUGGAGGGAAAGUUUCGAACUCUGUUAUUGGUGUUACUUGUCUGAUUGCUUCCAGUGCUGAACGGGAACGAGGUGGCACGUCGAAGCUUGAUGAAGCAUUGGAUAGAGGCAUACCGGUAGUGAGAGAAAAGUGGUUAUUAGACAGCAUUGAGAAACAAGAACCUCAGCCUCUCGAAGCUUAUGAUAUAGCGUCUGAUCUUUCUGUGGAUGGAAAAGGGAUUCCAUGUGACAAACUGAAUCCAAGUGAAGAAGCACUUGAGUCAUUAUCAGCUGAACUCAAGCUUUAUGUGAAGAGAGGAGUCUACAAGGACACCAAUUUGCAGGAGCAAGGAGGGAAAAUCUUUGAGAAAGAUGGCUUAUUGUUCAACUGUGCCUUUUCCCUUUGUGAUCUUGGGAGAGGAAUGAAUCAUUACUGUAUUAUGCAACUGAUCACGGUGCCCGAAAGGCCCCUCCAUCUGUAUUACAAGAAGGGCAAAGUUGGUGAUGAUCCAAAUGCCGAGGAAAGGCUUGAAGAAUGGGAGGAUGAGGACAAUGCUGUGAAGGAAUUUGUGAGGCUUUUUGAGGAAGUAACAGGCAAUGAAUUUGAACCAUGGGAGAGAGAAAAGAAGAUCCAGAAGAAGCCAUUAAAGUUUUAUCCCAUAGACAUGGCUGAUGAAGUGGAAGUAAGACAUGGGGCUCUCGGUCUUCGGCAGCUGGGAGUUGCAGUUGCACAUUGCAAGCUUGAACCCCUUGUUGCAAAUUUCAUGAAGGUCUUGUGCAGUCAGGAAAUUUACAGAUAUGCUUUGAUGGAGAUGGGGUUGGACUCACCCGACCUACCAAUAGGGGUGGCUUCUAAUGUCCACUUGAAGAGAUGUGAGGAAGUACUCCUGAAGUUUGUCGAAACUGUGAAGUCAAUGAAAGAGUCUGGGAGAAAAGCUGAGGCAGUUUGGUCUGAUUUUAGCCAAAGAUGGUUUACUUUGAUGCCCUCCACAAGGCCUUUCAUUUUUAGGGACUUUCAGGAACUUGCAGAUCAUGGUGCAUCCGCGUUUGAAACUGUUCGAGACAUAACUGUGGCUUCGAGCCUUAUAGGGGAUAUGAGUGGCUCUACCCUUGAUGACCCUUUAUCUGACAGAUAUAAUAAACUAGACUGCUCAAUCUCAGCACUGGAGACGAACUCUGAUGACUACAAGAUGAUCUUGAAUUACCUGGAGAAGACCUAUGAACCUUUUAAGGUUGGCGAUAUUGAAUAUGGGAUUUCUGUAGAUAACAUAUUCGUCGUCCAACCCAAGGCUUGUCCAUCUUUUGAAGAAAUAAAGAAACUACCAAACAAAAUGCUCUUAUGGUGUGGCUCAAGAAGCUCAAACAUGUUGAGGCAUCUGCAUAGAGGGUUCUUGCCAUCAGUUUGCUCUCUCCCUGUUCCGGGAUACAUGUUUGGGAGGGCCAUUGUAUGUUCUGACGCGGCCGCAGAAGCGGCUAGAUAUGGAUUCACUGCAGCGGACAGGCCAGAUGGAUUCUUAGUUUUGGCUGUGGCUUCUCUAGGAAACGACAUUAUAGAGAUGAAGAGCGCACCAGAGGAUACCAAGUCUUUGGAAGAGAACAAAAUGGGAGUAAAGGGUUUAGGCAGGAAGAAAACUGAUGAAUCUGAGCACCAAACUUGGGAAGGAGACAUCAAAGUUCCUUGUGGUCGUUUGAUCCCAUCAGAACACAAAGAUAGUCCUCUCGAGUAUAAUGAAUAUGCUGUAUAUGACCCAAAACAGGUUCUCAUAAGGUUCUUGGUGGAAGUGAGGUAUGAAGAGAAGGGUGUUGCGAUGGAGACCGAGGAGUGAAGGGCUUUAAUAGAGGGGUUUUUUUUCUACUUCUUUUACGUACCUUUUUGCAUUUUGUAUGAAAACGAAAUAUGGCGGUUUCUAAGCCUUGAACAAAGGUUGUUACGUAAAGGACAUGAUGAUGAUGAUCAUCAUCUUUUUGUUGUACAUGAUAUAUCAUCAUCUCUAGGUAUGCUUCUGAAACGGGUUUGUGUGUUUUACCAAUUUCAUGGCAACUAAAC